GAUAGGAGCUGAGACAGGGAUGAGAGGAAAAGAUGGUCUGAAUAGAGACUGACCUUCAUCUUGGUUUUCUCUAGAUGACCAUGACCCAACUCGGUUUCCUGCUGUUUAUCAUCCUGGCCACCAGAAGUUGCAGUGCAGCUAAAGACAACCUGGGAACCAACAGAUGGGCCAAUCUUCUGUCUUCCUCUCUGUUCAGAAGCUGCAAGGAAAUCAAGCAGGAGAUGACUGGGGCACAAGAUGGCCUCUAUUUCCUCCGCACGGAGAAUGGUGUCAUCUACCAGACCUUCUGUGACAUGACCACUGCAGGUGGUGGCUGGACCCUGGUGGCCAGUGUGCAUGAGAACAACAUGGAUGGGAAGUGCACGGUGGGUGAUCGCUGGUCCAGUCAGCAAGGCAACAGAAUCGACUACCCAGAGGGGGAUGGCAACUGGGCCAACUACAACACCUUUGGGUCUGCAGAGGGGGCCACAAGUGAUGACUACAAGAACCCUGGAUACGUCAACAUCCAGGCUGAAAACCUGGGUAUCUGGCAUGUGCCCAACAAGAGCCCCCUGAAAAAUUGGAGGGAUAACUCCCUGCUGAGGUACCACACCUCCACUGGCUUCCUGCAGGACAUGGGUCACAAUCUGUUUGGCCUGUACCAGAAGUACCCGGUGAAAUAUGGAGCAGGAAAUUGUGAGACUGACAAUGGCCCAGCAAUACCUGUGGUCUAUGACUUUGGUGAUGCUCAGAAGACAGCCUCUUAUUACUCGCCCCUUGGCCAGAGUGAAUUCACUGCAGGAUACAUCCAGUUCAGAGUGUUUAACAAUGAGGGAGCAGCCAACGCCUUGUGUGCUGGGAUGAAGGUCACUGGAUGUAACACUGAGUUUCACUGCAUCGGUGGAGGAGGAUACUUCCCAAAAUCUGACCCCCUGCAGUGUGGCGACUUCUCUGCAUUUGAUUGGAAUGGAUAUGGAACUCACAGUGGGUACAGCAGUAGCCAGGAGAUAACUGAAGCAGCUGUCCUUCUGUUCUAUCGUUGAGAAUUUUGUGGUGUGGGGCCCAGAUUUCUGCUCCAGUCUGUGGACUCACAUGCAUGGAGAAAAACUUACCCAGUUACUAGAAUGCUAAAGACACAGGAA